AAAAAAAAAAAAAAAAAAUUUUUUAUUAUUGUAUUUUUUCUUUUUUGCAACUAAUAAUAAGCUUGAAAACUUUUUAAAUCGCCGCUCCUUUUAUUAUUAAAAACAACAAUAUUAUGGAUAAAAUAAAAUAAAAUAAAAUAAAAUAAAAUAAAAAAAAAAAUAAUAAUAAAAAAAAUUUUUUUUCUCUCUCUCUCUUCUCUUUAUUAUUAUUAUUAUUAUUAUUUAUUUAUUAUUUUACUAAUGCUGUCAACAGAGAAAGAAAGUUCAAAUACUUCUUUACCACCACCGUCUGCUUUAUUUAGUGGUUAUUACCCUUCUUCAAAUUAUGUAUUACCUCCUCCUUCUACUUUACCUGGAUAUCAUUCAAUACCACCACAGCAACAUUUUAUAUAUCAUCAACAAUUACCCACUCCUCCUGCUUCUGUCAUAUCAUCCUCGACUGAAGAAGAUCAACAAAUUGAAACAAAAAAGACUUCACUAGGUAGACCAAAACGUGGACGUCGUCAAAAGAAUGAUUCUACAACAACAACUAUAAAUAAAAGAAAAAAGAAUCAUCACUAUGAAAUACUUGAAUUAAGACAACAAAAAAAGACAACAAAAAAGCAACAACGUAAAGAAUUAGAAGCUGCUGCUGCUACUUUAGCUUCUUUUGCAAAUAUAACUGAACGAGAAGAAUGUGUUAAAUUGGAAGCCUGUGCAGGUCAAGGUGGACAAUAUCAAUGUGAUCAUUGUGGAUAUAAUUAUAAACAUUUAAAUUGUUUACAAAGACAUAAAUGGGAACAACAUACUGAUAUAUGCCACACAAUGACAAAGCAUCAACAAAAUCAAUUAUUAGAGGUAAAGAAGGUUGGUUUGGUUUAAUAAUAAAAUUAACAAAAAAAAAAAAGUCUAAAUUUUUCUUUUUUUUCUCUAUUAGGC